AUGUAUGUUGAAGGUAAAAUCGAAGGCAUGUAUAAGAAGGCGCACGCUGCAAUCCGAGCCAAUCCUCUGGCAGUCGCCAAAACGGCGAAGAAGGUGGAGAAGAAGAGAUGGACUGCCAAGAAGGCCACACUCGAGGUUCGUAAGAAUCGUAUCAGGAACAAGAAAAAUUAUUUGUUACGAUUGAAAUCUCUUCAAGAAGCGCAAUGA